UGGUCUGCGCCAGUCUGCGCGUGAGUUCAGUCACAGCGCGACCUGCGCUCAGGCAUCACAUGUCACAUUAUAUUUAUUAAUAUCAUGUACAUAUAAAUUUAAUACAAACAUAUAAUAUUAUAUUUAUCCCCAUAGUGAGUGAUUUUAGACAAAUUAACGAUGAAGUUCCACUACGUUCUUCUGGUGUGCCUCGCGACUUAUACCUCAACGCAAGGCAAUGCGAUCACCAAUCAAAUAUCUGACAACAGAGAAAUGCUACUGGCAUUUGUUGUGAACCGGCACGGCGAGCGCGCACCUGACAGCGACGAACUUUCACUUUCCAAUGAAAAGGAGAGACUCAAGAACAUUACUUACAUCGAAGGCCCCGAAGGACUCACUAACGCAGGUAAACGUAGAGGAUACCAAAUAGGAAAAUUCAUCAAGCAGCGCUACGGCUGCCAAGGUUCCAAGUUACUAUCAAACAUCUACUUCCAAGAUGAGAUAGCUGUGAGGAGUACGGACAAAGAGAGAACUAAAAUGACAGCACAGAUGGCGAUGGCGGCAGUAUACCCGCCAAGAAUGGAACAACAAUGGGACGAGGGUCUCGGCAAAGUAUGGCAACCAGUACCUUACACUGCUGUUCCAUUGAGUGAGGAUUAUUUGAGGUAUUACUCCAACUGCCAAAGGUUUAAAGAACUGAUGGAGAUUGCCAAGAAGACGUCACUCUACGAAGAGUUUGCGCCCUUCAGCGAUUUAUUCCCCAAGUUAUUGAAGGAAACCGGUCGUAAUUUCACAGAAAACCCGUUGCUGUUUCAAGCACUAUUCGAUUUAUUUAGAAGUCAGGUAGCUCUCGGAUUAGACGUGCCUAAGUGGGCUAAUCCUAUCCUAGCAAGGCUCGGAGAAGCAUCUCGCCUUGCCUAUAGAUUGUAUUUCAAGACUGACGAAAUGAAAAAGAUUGGUGGAGGUGUUAUUCUGAACGAUUUUAUCACAGCCGCAAACAAUAUCAUAGCGGGGAAGAAAAUCAAUAAGCGGAUCCGAAUGUAUUCAGCGCACGAUUUCAACAUCGGCUCUCUGAUGGAAGUCACCAGGAUAUCAAGAAGUGAACAGACUGUACCAGAAUAUGGUUCUUUGUUCGCGCUUGAAUUGUAUAGGACGAAGAGUAAUGGAGAAUUCACCGUUUUGCCCGUAUACUUGCCAAAAGCAGGCGAGUCAGUCGCCCACAACCUCCACUUCACUGGCUGUGAAAAUAACAGUUAUUGCAGCUAUCAAAAGUUCCAUGAACUCACCAGGGAUUUUGUUCUGCCUGAGAAAGAGUACUACAGAAUCUGCAACAUUAAGACUGAGUUAUAGUGCAUAUAUCUGUAGAAUUCGGCUAUUGUGAUUGUCUGUGUUGACAUCUCUUUCAUUCCCUUUGACAAAUGAGAGACAGUAAUACUGUAGUUGAAUUCUGCGGUUGUAAUAGUUCAAUUAAACGUAACACUUUUGUACAUAAUUGUACAUUCAUUGAUCAAUAUAAUGAAUAGUUUUGUAGCUGUUUUUAAUAUUUUUAUAGGAAUUUUAUUAUUAUUGCUUGUUUUUUAUACUCUAAGUGAUUUUGUUGUUUUAAUUUUGUUGUUCUUACUAAUGAACAAAUAUUAAAAAAAAUGUUUGUAGCAUUUUUAUAAAAUUUUAUUGUAAAUAUCGCAGUUUUGUAAAAUAUAAAUCUAAGGAGCAUAGUCUGUGAUAUACAUAUAUACUUAAUAAAACAUGUAAAAACAAUAAAC